CCAUCUCGUCACCUGUAUCAGCAUCCGCACAUCCCAGUGCAGAGAUGGGCUCCAUCGCUCUGGAGAUAUUCGGGAUGUCCAUGAGCACCAUCGGCUGGGUCGGGGUGAUCCUGGCAUGUGCCCUCCCGAUGUGGCAGGUGUCCGCCUUCAUAGAACAGAACAUCGUGGUGGCUCAGUUCAUCUGGGAAGGUCUAUGGAUGUCGUGUGCAGUGCAGAGUACGGGGCAGAUGCAAUGCAAGGUGUAUGACUCCAUCCUUGCGCUGCCCCCGGAGCUCCAGGCUGGCAGGGCUCUCACCGUUAUGGCAUCCAUCGUGGGUUUGAUCGGACUUAUGGUGACAGUCGUUGGAGCUCAGUGCACUAUCUGCUACCAGGGCACCAAGGUGAAAAGCCGCGUUUUGUUUGCUGGAGGAAUCAUCUACAUCUUGACCGGGCUUCUGGUCCUUAUCCCCCUGUGUUGGACCGCCAACAUCGUGAUCCGGGAGUUCUACGAUCCCCAUGUCCCUUCCUCUAAGAAGAGGGAGAUGGGGGCUGCCCUGUACGUGGGCUGGGCGGCUACUGCGCUGCUUCUCCUCGGGGGCGUUCUUCUCUGCUUCUCCUGCCCAAUGAAAGGCCAGUUCACCCCACCGGUCAGGUACUCUGCCUCUAGGAGACCGACAUCCAACGGGGAAUAUGACAAGAAGAACUAUGUAUAAGGACACAGGCAUGUCACCCUGGCACUGUGCACAUUGGCAGCCUCCAGAGACC